CGCAUGAAAUUGACAAUUCCACCCCAAAGUUCCUUGUAAUCCAUCAAUGUCAAAUACUGAUGAUUUCAUUCGCUAAUACUGUUGGCGAUCUAAGGACAUUUAUGUCUUGGAUUUACUGAGAAAGGAUCAACUAUUCAAAAAUUUCUAAAGAAAAAAUGUUUGGUUAUGGAGUUAAAGUAUUUUCUUUUAUAGGAUUUGCAGUAACAACUCUGUUGAUAAGUGUUACGAAUGGUCAACCUGGUCCACAACCAUGGCAAGGAGGAUCAAUGAAUGCUAUCCCGGAUGCCGAUGGUAAUUGGCAGUAUGUUGGUGAACCGAAUGGACAAGAAGACUCACAACCAACAGAACCCUUCACAGGAGAUAAAAUUCCAAUACGACUUAACAGUCCAAUGCCUCAAGGAGGCAGAAGGCCGAGACCAAUGAGAUUAAAUAGUGUUGGCGCAGUAAACACUGGCGAGACAGGCUUUGUCAAUCCACAAAGUCCUGGUAGAAAUCCUCAAAAUUUAAAUAACAGAUUUGGAGAUAGCAAAAGCAAUAUGACACAAUUUAUGCGAGGAGUGAUGAGGAAAGGCAAAGGGGUAAUGAAUAAAAUAAUGCAAGCCCUUCAAUCUGGGAAUACUAGUAGCAGUGUGUUCAUCUCUAGACAAUCUAGACAAUUCUUACCAUCAGCAUGUACACAAGAAAUGUUGCAAAUUCAAACUGACUGUUUCUCUAAGAAUGGCUACACUAUGGACUCUUUCUUUCACACGUUACGAAACGGUAGUUUUUCUGACACCAAACAAUCGAGUUCCAUGGAUGGCCUGAAAGAACAACUAUGCAAAAAGAGACAAGGCAUCUUGGAUUGUGCUAUUCCCGCCAUAAUAGGAAAACGAGACAAACCGCCAUGCCUUGAUGUACAUGAUUAUAAUUUUGGACAAGAAAUGGCUCUGAAGGGUCUACGAAUCGUGCAGGACGUAUGUGAAACAGGACUGUUACCCCCAUCACCUAUAUGUGUACCGUUGGUGAACAGAGAGAUGCAAAGAUGUUAUACCAAAGUAGGUUUUAGUCCCGAUAUGUUUAUCUCAGACGACAAAGAUGUGGAGGGAGCAGUCAUUGGCAAAGAUAUGGAUGCUGCACAAAAGUUUUGUGGAUCAAGAAAACAAUUAUAUGAUUGCAUGAGAUUAGUCAUGAAGAAUUGUCCUCAAGCAGAGGAGUAUUUAAUGAUGUCAGGACAUGAUCAGACAGCCAUUGAGAAAAGUAUAGAUGUUCUCUGUGACAAUAAAAAAGUGUAUGUUGACGGAUUAAAUUGCUUCCAGACCCCAAGCGAAACUGUACAUAACUGUAUUGAUGUAAUGUCGUCACAGACAUUAGAUCUCGAGGCUAGACAAAUGUGGAAGUCCAUGGGGAAAGACGAUUUCUUUAAGGAAUUUUGCAGAAUUCGUGUUCAGCAUAUGGAGUGUGACACUACUGCAUGGAAGGAGAGUUGCCAUGAAGUUACCGUAGGGCUGAAGAAUGAAUUUCAGUGCGCCAUGUUGCCAGGGAUAUGUCAUAACAUCACAGAAAUCGAUGACAUUCUACACAAUAAUGUUUGUAGACGUCAGGCUUUUCUUCAAGCUUUAAGAAGUUCGUACGGUGGAGCAAGUACUCCAAGCUCUUGGGUUUUAUCAAUUGCACUUGCAGUGGGACUAAGUCUAUUCUUUCUAUAAAUACUAUUAAUAUGCCAUGUAAAACUACCUUUUAAAAAAGAUAGUUUGAAAUAUUUAUAUAAGUGCUACUGUGUAUAUAAUUCAUUUUUUAACAAUCAGGUAAUAUUUAUAUUUAUUGUAAUUUUGAACAUUUGCAGUUAAAAUUAUGUGUAAACACUUGUUAAAAAAUAUUCAAUGGAGUAAUAGUGUUUAGUUUGUUGUCGUCAUGUCUUAUUUAUCUAAUAGAGACAGACAAACAUUGGGUCUGAAAAACCUUAAUGAAUUUUUUAUCAAAAUCAGAAAUAUCUAUGAACUCAAUUCGACAAUAUUGUAAAUUUGUAUAUAAGAAAACGAAAAAAUCAAAACUGUUUAGAAUAAAGAAGGGGAAUAUGAUGUCUUAGUAAUACAAACAUAGUAACAUUAGGUAAACCGAAAGUUCGAUUAGGAUAACCUUCAUAUAUUUUCACUCUUAAAUUGUAUCACAAUCAGUUCACAAUUCUGAGUAUAACGAUGACACACACACAAUGCUGCAAUCACUAUCUAACUUUUUAUAAAUUUUGGAAUUUCUACGAUUCAAAAGACUUGAUUUACGUUCUGUCGUCGUAAAAGCAGUAAUUCAAGGUAUUAACAGUUAAAAUCAAUUUUUAUUUUGAUGGAAGCAUCCAUUUUGCUUUUUAUUAGGUAAAUAUGAUAGAGGAAAUAAUUAUUUCUUUUAUCUUAUUGAAAUCUUUCUUU